UAGAAAUAAGUUUGGACCACAAUGCCAUGGAUGUGGAAGACGACAUAGAACUGCCCUAUGUGCAAACAAGAACAAUAGGUUUUCAAUGUGACCCUGAUCCAUUGCUAAUGGAAAAUCUACUCCUGAGGAAAGAGAUUAAGGAAUUGAAAGACCAGCUUGCUGAAGAAUCAAAGAGGAAUAGUGGUAUCCACAGAAUUAAAGAUGAUGACUCUGCUACCAAGUUCUACACUGGGUUACCAACAUUCACAGUGUUUCUCUGGUUGUUCAAUUACCUAUGUGCAAAGAGUUCCAGAAUGCAGUAUUGGAAGGGAGAUGGAAAUACACCCAGUAAGGAUAGGGUUAGAGUGUCUACUUCACGACUUCAGCCUAUUGAACAGUUCUUAGCUGUUAUGAUGCGACUUCGUCUUGGAUUGUAUGUGAGGGAUGUAGCGGAUAGAUUUUCAAUUUCUGUUUCUUCUUAUUCUAGUUAUUUCACAACCUGGCUCAACCUUAUUCAUGCUGAACUUGAAGUUAUUAAUGUUUUUCCACCUAGAGACAUCAUUACCAGAACAAUGCCAAAUUCUUUUAAAGAUCGAUACCCAUCUACCAGAGUGAUCAUUGAUUGUACUGAAAUUUUUAUUCAGAAAGCUUCCAGUCUUUUAAAUCAGAGUUUGACAUAUUCCAGCUACAAACACCAUAACACUCUUAAAUUUCUAGUUGGCAUCACACCAUCAGGUGUUAUCUCAUUUGUAUCUGAAGGUUGGGGUGGAAGAGUAUCAGACCGUGAAAUAACAAUUGAAUGUGGUAUACUUGAUUUACUAGAGCCUGGCGAUAGCGUUAUGGCUGACAAAGGAUUUACUAUAAAUGAUUUACUUGUAAAACGUCAGUGUGCUUUAAAUAUUCCACCAUUCAGAGGUAUUAAGGACCAAUUUACGACAGAUGAAGUAUUUCAGACACAAGAAAUUGCACAACUUCGUAUUCAUGUGGAAAGAAGUAUUGGACGAGUUAAAAACUUCCAUAUUUUAGAAGGGGUACUACCAUUGUCAAUUGCUCCACUUAGUACUAAAAUAUUUCAAACAUGUUGUUGGUUGACAAAUCUAGAUGUUCCUUUAGUUCAGGAUGAUAUAAAUGAUCUGUAAUUCAAAUCUGCUGUAUAAAUUUAAGUUUUUUUACCCUGUUUAUUUAUUCAUAAAAUGUGGCCAAGUGAAAUUCAUUCCAUUAUACUGCAAAAUCUUUAAAACAAUAAAGUACAAUAAUAUAACUUAAAUAAUUAACU